AUGACGGCUGGGGGAUACGCCAGUCAAGCAAUGAAUCAAUCUGGAUUUAACUGCACAGCUCCUGAUCUGUUGUCUGAGGAGGUGACAUGUUCAGAGUGCCCUCAAGGAGGAUUUUAUCAAAACCAAACCGGAGCAGUCGUGAAGAGAGACGCUGAAAUGAAUUGCGAGCAAUGUAACAACGGUACUUACGUCCCCCUAGAAAAUGUACCAGGGAAAACUAUCGGUGAUUGCGCAGUAUGUCCAACAGGCACCAAUAAGAGUCUUCAUGCAGGAUACCGAGCAUGUCCCUGUGCGUCCAAUCACUACCGUAAACACAGGUUCGGUCAAUGUUUUCCGUGUCCCAAAAAAGGAAUCAACUGUACGGGAGAAUAUCAGCAUCUUCUGCCAGGGUUCUGGUGGACAUGGGACUGGGGUCCAGCUGAAAACUAUCAGUCCUACAAGAAAUUUGUCAAAAAUUUAUUCACCUGCAAUGAUAGCUAUGACAGGCACACUGAAAGGUUUGAUGGAAUGUUACCAAAUGUUCAUAAAUGUCCUACCUCCGAAUCGUGUAAGAAUCUUGCAGCUGGAAUAAACGCAUCGUGUGAUGAUGGUCAUGCCGGUUUCCUGUGUACACAAUGUCAAGCAGGCAGUUAUGCUUGGCUGGAUAAAUGCUUUGAAUGUCCAGGGAUUUGGGCGUUGAUACUGGAAGUCUUGGCAGCUCUUGUCAUCCUUGCAGUUUUGCUCAUGAUUGUCUUACUAGAACUCAGACGACACAAACGAAGCGGUCGAUCACUCAUUAGCGUUCUGUUCUCUCGGUUUAAAAUCCUACUUGGCUUUUAUCAAAUCAUGGGUGAGAUAUUCGAAGUGAUGAAUGAACUUUCCUGGCCGAAGACACUAGUAGAACUUGGUUCCUUCUUGCAAUUAUUGGAGGCCAAUUUGAUGCAGGUGAUUGUCAGUCCUCGAUGUUACUUUCCCGAUUUCACCUAUCCCAAUGUUUACAUCGCAUUCAUUGCUGGUGCGUCGUUCUCGGUUACUGUGAUAUUGUCAGGAUUGGGCAUUUAUGGUUUUAGGCAAUUCCAUCUGCGGGUGAAGAGUGCACCGGAUGAGGUUCGCAAACAUACGCUGGCUAAAACAAAUGAAAGAAUUCUCUUGGCUGUUGUCAUUCUGUUGUUUGUUGCAUACCCAAGCUUAUCAGCUGUCAUCAUUAGCUUACUGCCUUCGGGAUGUGUCACAUUCUCAUUGAAUGAAAAUGAAAAUGUUACCGUUACUCUGCUCAGAUCCGACUACUCCGUUGACUGUAACAGUAGUCAACAUGUUGCAUUUAACUACGCUGCCGAGGUUUCCGUGUCUUAUGUUGUUGGUUUCCCGACUGUAUUACUUAUCAUGUUAUGGUUACAUCGUCGUAGACAAGCAUCGAAGAAAAACGGUCAUCAGCUUGAAACUGCUGAUAUCCAGGCACUCAGUCACGUUGACCAGCAGUCUUUACUUGAUACUGACGACACGGGCUCGUCUUGUAGUUACCAUACUGCCAGUCAUGCAGAUCAGACUCAUUCUAGUGAUUCACUACAUACGGAAGAUGAAGAAAUUGCACAUAUCGGUGAUUCUCUUGAACGACUUAGCUCCGAAUUACCUCUUGAAGAAUCAAUCGAAGUAAGCUCAGAAAGCAUUACCUGGGUGAGUUUCCUGGACGAGAACUACAAGGAGCAAUAUUGGUAUUGGGAGAUUGUGGAACUAGCUCGCAAAGUCCUCCAAGUCCUGUUCGUUCUGUUAUUCGGUGCGGAUGAUCAAUUCAUUCUCUUUGCGACCAUUAUCGUAUCUGUUGCCUUUCUAAUCGCCCACGCUUACUUGAAGCCAAUGAAGGAUGCCGCAGAGCACCGUAUUCAGAUGUGGUCCUUGACUACCAUCUUUUUGAAUCUACUGGCGGCAUCCUUGCUUGUAUUACCCAGCGAAGAUGGCCAUACCGAUGACAGUGAUGCAAGGAGGGAAUUUCUGGCAGUAUUUCUUGUCCUGCUUAACAUCAGCAUCUUUGUAAUCGUGGCAGUGAGUUCAAUCCACGUGUGUCUGAAGGUUCUAUCCCAAACGGCGUGUUGUAGCUACACUGCAGCAUGUUUCCGUCACAUAUGUCGUUGUCUUGCACCAAGCCAUCGUCGCUCACAGGAGGAACAUCGCGACGAUACUGAGCCAACGACAACUCUGAUAAGUGGAGUACCAAUUGAAGAUCGGAGAAACAAUAACGAGUGCCGUGCUGUCUAG